AUGGUGCCCACUCUCAUGAUCCUGUGGCUACCCAGUGGCUGGCCUUCUGCCCAGCAGUAUGACAAGACUAUCAAAAAGCGCACGUUGAAAGGCUCCAUCGAACUUUCCAGAAUCAAGUGUGUGGAGAUCGUCAAGAGUGACAUUAGCAUCCCAUGCCACUAUAAAUACCCUUUUCAGGUCAUGCAUGACAACUACCUCCUGUAUGUGUUUGCUCCAGACUGUGAGAGCCGGCAGCGCUGGGUGCUCACCCUUAAAGAAGAAACGAGGAAUAACAACAGCCUGGUAUCCAAGUAUCACCCCAAUUUCUGGAUAGAUGGGCGGUGGAGGUGCUGUUCCCAGUUGGAGAAGCUUGCAGUAGGCUGUGCCCCCUAUGACCCAACCAAGAACGCUUCAAAGAAGCCUCUUCCUCCUACUCCUGAAGACAACAGGCGGUCACUUCAGGAACCUGAAGAAACCGUGGUCAUUGCCUUGUACGACUACCAAACCAAUGACCCCCAGGAGCUUGCGCUGCAGUGUGAUGGGGAGUACUACCUGCUGGACAGCUCCGAGGUCCACUGGUGGAGGGUUCAAGACAAGAACGGGCAUGAGGGAUAUGCACCAAGCAGUUACCUCGUGGAAAAAUCUCCAAAUAACCUUGAAACCUAUGAGUGGUACAAUAAAAACAUCAGCCGAGACAAAGCUGAGAAACUUCUCUUGGACACGGGUAAAGAAGGAGCAUUCCUGGUCCGUGAUUCCAGGACGCCUGGGACAUACACAGUCUCCGUGUUCACUAAGGCCAUCAUAAGUGAGAACCCCUGUAUAAAACAUUAUCAUAUCAAAGAAACAAAUGACAACCCCAAGCGGUACUAUGUGGCUGAGAAGUAUGUGUUUGACUCCAUCCCUCUCCUCAUCAAGUAUCACCAGUACAAUGGAGGAGGUUUGGUCACUCGACUCCGGUAUCCAGUGUGCUCCUGGAGGCAGAAAGCCCCGGUGACAGCAGGGCUAAGAUAUGGGAAGUGGGUGAUCCACCCCUCAGAGCUAACUUUUGUGCAGGAGAUUGGCAGCGGGCAAUUUGGGCUGGUGCAUCUUGGCUACUGGCUCAACAAGGACAAGGUGGCCAUCAAGACCAUUCAGGAAGGGGCGAUGUCCGAGGAGGACUUUAUUGAAGAGGCCGAAGUCAUGAUGAAACUCUCUCAUCCCAAACUGGUCCAGCUCUACGGGGUGUGCCUGGAGCAAGCCCCCAUCUGCCUAGUGUUUGAGUUUAUGGAACACGGCUGCCUGUCAGAUUACCUACGAAGUCAGCGGGGACUCUUUGCUGCAGAGACCCUGCUGGGCAUGUGCCUGGAUGUGUGUGAGGGCAUGGCCUACCUGGAAAAGGCAUGCGUCAUCCACAGAGACCUGGCCGCCAGAAACUGUUUGGUGGGAGAAAACCAAGUCAUCAAGGUGUCCGACUUUGGGAUGACAAGGUUCGUCCUUGAUGAUCAGUAUACCAGCUCCACGGGUACCAAAUUCCCAGUGAAGUGGGCAUCCCCAGAAGUGUUCUCUUUCAGUCGCUAUAGCAGCAAGUCGGAUGUGUGGUCCUUUGGUGUGCUCAUGUGGGAAGUCUUCAGUGAAGGUAAAAUCCCGUAUGAAAACCGAAGCAACUCAGAGGUCGUGGAAGACAUCAGCACUGGCUUUCGGUUGUACAAGCCCCGCCUGGCCUCCUCCCACAUCUACCAGAUCAUGAAUCAUUGCUGGAAGGAGAAACCAGAAGACCGGCCACCCUUCUCGCAGUUGUUAAAUCAGCUGGCUGAAAUUGCAGAAUCUGGACUUUAGCAAGGACUCACUGACCAGCCACAGCCACAGCAACUUUUUCCAGAGCAUUAAAAGCUGCCACCAGCCCAGGAGCCCCACAGGUGCCUGGACCGCGGUGCCGGCCCCUACACAGCUAUGACUGCAGCAUCCUAGAAGAGGCUGGAGGACCAACUACUGGGCCAAAGGCUGGACUACAACCAUAGCAGUGUCUGUGUGUCCACCUCCACCCUAGCCUCUUGUCAUAUGCUAUCUCAAAGCUCCAUCGCCUGCUCCCAGAAGCCAUAAGGAGAAGCAGGUGUAGGCCACCUUUUUAUUAUUGUUUUCAUCAUAGGUCGAAUCAAGGGACCUUUUAUUUGACCCAACAAGACAAUAUCCCCAUUUAUGGAUGGAAGAAUGGGAAGCCGCAUUCUUUUUCUAAGAAAUACAAGAGGUGACUAACCAGAGGGUUCUGCUACUGUGGGGCUGCCAACCACAACUUCCUGCCACACAUGAGGUGGACUGGCUGCUUGUGCCUGAGGCCGGAUGUCACGAGGAUUCAAAGCACACUGCCACCUCUCUUUAAUGGGGCAUAGAGAGCUAUGUUGGAUGGAUAGAGUGGGAUGACCCAUUCAAACCCCAUGGCUGGACCAUUGUGUGUCUGAGAUUGGCCUAUGAUGGUAGGGAAUCAACAGGUACAAGACAAGGUGUUGCGUUGUUAUUGAUCCAAUGACCCUGUUUCGUAGUGAGCCAUGUCGGUGACUGGGUCUCCUGUUCCAUGCAGAAUGCCGAGGCAGUGAGUGCAGCCUCUCAGGAGCGGCAUCCACUCUGCACUACCCACCCAAACCAACAGAGGAGAGCACUGUGCUGGUCGUGUGUCUAGAGACUUUGGGGUUCUCUUAGGCCUUGGGAGUUUAGCAGUUUUAAGUGUAAGCCUUGAGACUACAAGGCUCUCAAGAUCUAGCAAAAGAAGGAGAGUUUUCGCCCUUGUUCAGACUAUCUAGGAAGGAAUACAUUCGCGAACUGGAAGGUGCUUCCAAAAUGCACACGAUGUCUAUUGUUGACUGGCACUUACAGGGGUCACAUGCAUAUAUAUCCUGAGCUACAGACCACUCCUGGAGAAUCACAGUUCAUACCAACCCGACGACAACGACGACACAAUAUUAUUGAUGUUUUACAGAAAGUGGAACACAGUUUUUUCGAAAGGCCAGACAGCUGCCCCGAGGGACAGAACUGGAAAGGACAGAGGUGGAAAUGUCACCCAAAUGUAACUCCAGAGCAGCCUCAUUUCUCUCCAACAUUGCCUCCUACUGAGAAUGGGUUGCUGAGCAGAUUAAUACAAGAGAGGGAAGUCAACCCUUAAGCAGUACAGCGCCACCCCGUGAUGUUGUUCCUGCAGAGACCACUGGGGGGCGCAGUGGGACCCUCCAAAUUGAAAUAGGCUCUCCAUCUUCAUCUUCACCUGGAUGUGAGUUCACAACUUCAAAGCUAUCCAGAAUUAACCCUUUCUUUCUCCCAACCUUCCAGAGUCGCACUGCCUGAGGCCAUUCAUACAAGAGCUUCAAAGGGGCUUUCAAUGUGUGGUGCCUGCCAAGUGUUUCCUGUAAUUAGCCCUCCAGCCUCCAGCCGAAUCCCUGGUGAGGAGGACUAUUCCCUGAUGCCAGGCACACUUGAGUCUCCUAAGGUGUUCAGAUAAAAUUCCUAGAGAAAUUAUCAGAGUUGCGGAUCCCUCUUUCUAAGCCGCAUGGUAUUCUGGCUUGCUUGAGACUUGAAUGUAUCACUUCCAGCUAUAAUUACUGUGUCCAGAUAAAACUCUGACAUUCAGAAAACAGUCUUCCUCCACUGGCCCACAAUCAUCCCUGUUUACUUCUAAGCCUAAUGUGCAUUCUCUUUUUUGGAACCCUUAAUUAAGAGACAGUUUCUGGGACAUUCAACCGGAAGAAAAACACUGGUACUGAGAGAUAUCUGUGGUGUGGUUUAGAAGACAGGCCACCAUCUGGUGAUUGUCUUCUUUAACCUCAGAUCCAUAGAGGCUUUGACAGACAUGUGUGCACCUCUCCAGUGUCCUGCAUGGGAAGAUGGGAUUCUCAUUUGCUGGUUUCUCUCUUACAUUUUUGCAAAUGGUGCUCUGUAUUCACAGAGAAUCCCUCUGAUGAAAGGUUUGGGUUCCAGUUUGUACUUUGUAGAUCUUGCAAUUUGUAAUGUUUGAGACUAUAUAUUUAUACCUGGAUCAAGAGAGUAUUUAUUGCUCAUGUUCAAGAUAAAAAAUAUUGCAUAUA